CAAACCUGCGCCGUGUCACAAUAUUAUUUUAUUCCGUUGCUUACUGCAGUCGUGUGCCUUCGUUUGCGCCACCAUUAUUGCUCCAAAGCGUGGAAGCCAUCGCCUUCCAUCUGAAAACGAAACAAAAUUGCAGUCAUGAGCAGCCCCAAUGAAAUGGAAAGCUUGGAUCAACACAUCGUCGAAGCCGCGUCGCGGAUGGUGGAAAAGAUCGUCGAAGUCGUCAACAACCAAGAACAAGAGGCGGAUCCCCUGGGCAUGACCGUGGAUGCCAUGAUUCGUCAGGUAGCGGUCCUCCUAGAAAAGCAGAAGGAGUUCUAUUCUUGGCAAGCCAGCACCAAAGUUGACAUUGGUUAUCACUGGACAUCACCCGACAAUCUAAAAUCUAUCCGAGCGCAUGGUCUCUUGACACGAGCAGAACUGCAAGCUCGCAAGAUCACCCCCAAAACUACACACGGUACAGUCCACGGAGACGGCAUUUACACCGCCUUCGGCCCGAUUUCUUCUUUCGAAAAGUACGGUUCGCAGUGUUUCAUGGUGGCACGCCUCCAGGGCGUCUCUAUGUCAGUGGAUCCGUAUAUCAACGAAACGCAACUCUCAUCGGCAGUGAACUCGGUGUUGGCGGGUUACACUUGCGUCCUCAAAUCUUCGUGGCAAUGUGUGCCCUUGAUGACAUUUACCAGACCAGUGGAAGAUUGGGACAAGAUACACCAAUGUCAUGUAAAUCAUCGACACUCAUUUCAGCCUGACUCGUUUCAACCUGACCGAGCAGCCGACCGUCGUACCGGAUUGGACCAUGGGUACAGGCUCCGUUGCCCUCGCAAUCCCCUGCAAGUCAGGCAAGAGCCCAAUGGGCACCUUUGCCAAAAAGGACAAACCAAAUCCAUUCCUCGAGCGGUGUAAAAAGAUGGAGGCUUGUGACGAGACGAGCAACGUGUCCGGAAUGGUGAAUUCGGAUACGAAUAGGCCAUAAAAGAUAGAGGACGAGACCACGUUUCGUGUUUCCUAAACGACAACUAAUUUUGGGAUCUGCCAUUACAAUGUAGCGAUCCCUCCGAAUUCCAGUAUGCCUAAUAGACGCUAGGAGCAACCAACCUUGUAGCCGGACAAGACAAAGUACCUAGCAAAGUUGCAGGAUGACCUUUCUUGGUUACCAUGCAAAGAAGAAAACACAAAAAAGUCGUUGGUACUUUCCUGUAGCAAGGUCUGAACUUGUCAAUUGCUGUUGUUAGGCC